UUUGUAGAUUGUGAGACAGUUUCUAAAGUGAAAGCGAUAAGUGCGGACGAAAACAAUGAGUUUGAGUUAAAGCACAGGACUGAUAACCGUUCUGUUUAGAAAUCGAAAUUAGUGCGCUGUUUUUUUUUUUUUUUCAAAAAUAGUGAAAGUAAUAAGAAGAUAAUAAAAAAGAUUGAUGCCACGCCCUCAACGCAUAGCAAAUAUCGCUGAAAAAGACUUACAUAUUUUUAUUACUUUCUUUUGUGGUGUCUUUGAGGGCAUAAAAGUGUAAAUAUUGUGAUAAGAGUGUUCUCUCAUUGUGCUUUGAACGUUAUGUGAGUGUUGAGAGUGUUUUCAAAAAUUGAGAGUAUUACAAUUUUUCCAAUUUCCUUAUAAUAAUGGCCCAUAUACGUAAUUGUUGCGUAUAUUUCGCGCUUUUGAUAAUUGUUUGCAGUCAUGCUGCCAUUUCGGUGGAGCGAAACAGCAACGUAUACACGUUACUUUUUGGCGAUAAGACAAACAUAGCAAAUUUACAUAAGGAGGUCAAAAAUUUGCGUGAAAAAUUAAGCGAACAUCGUCAGAGUUUAAGCAACCUACGGAACAACUACGCAAGCCUGCAGAAACGUUUGGAAAAUCUGGAGAUUACACAAAAGAGGCAAAGUAAUGAUAAUAUAUUGCAGAAGCUACAAAAAUACAUCGUGUUGAAGCUCAACGCACAGAGCAAGGAACUGGUGCAAAAGCAAAGUGAUUACAAGAAAACCAUUCAGGACCUAUUCGAAACACAAAUGAAGACAUAUAAGAAAGAACUGAAGAAGUUCGAAACCAAAUUGUUACAGGAAAUGCAAAGUGAACUCGCUAAACAGAAGCAUUGCACACAGGAGAGCGAUAAAAAUAAAAAACAAAUCGACAAGAAAGCACACAAAACACUAAUCAAUUUAUUGACAAAUCUAAAAAAUAAACCCGAAGAGAUCCUCAAGUUACCGCCAGAAGCUAUCGCAUUAUUGAUCGACAUUGGAAAUAUAAUUGAGGUAUAUACCGACGAAGAAAAAUUGCCUUCGUAUGCGACAUAUGUGCCGAAUACUUACGACAAAACGGUCGUAGUGAAUGCGCAGCCAAAAGUUGGUGUUGAAACCGCAAGCAGCUGCCACGAAGCGAUCAAGUCGAAGCAAGCCGUGGAGUCCGAAGAAGCAACAACAGCAGGCGGCAUUUACGCUUUGAAUAUGACAAAAUACAAUUUGAACAAUAUGUACGGUUAUUGUUUACCUGGUCCGAACGGUGACGAGACCUGGCUGCUGAUACAGCGACGUAUUAGUGACGAAUUAUCGUUCAACCGCAAUUGGCAGGAGUACAAAAAUGGUUUCGGUGAUCUAACUGGCAGUUUUUUUAUUGGACUUGAGCGUUUACAUAAACUACUGUUGGGUUCAAAUUCCCAAUUAUGGAUACAAUUGGGCACAGCAACCAAUGAUAGUCCUUAUAGAAUGUAUGCGAACUUUUUGAUAGCCAAUGAAACAGAACAAUAUCGUUUAGUAUCAUUAGAUAUCGAAAACCUUAGGGAUGAUCUGGUCAACGCAAAAGAUUGGAGUUUUCAAACAUUUGAUGUUGGCAAUGACUGUGCGAAGACAAUGCAAAGUGGCUGGUGGUAUAAUGAGACAAAAGAACAGGAUGUUUGUAGUAGUGGGAACUUGCAUACAAAGCUUACAAAUGUGCUCUGGAAUAGCUGGGAAGAUGUGGUUUAUGUGCAUAUGGCGAUACGGCAUGUGGAUCCUGCACUAGAAGUCCAUAUUUCAUUGGAAUGAUAGAGACGCAGCGGGGUACUUCGUAAAUGUGAAAGUGCACCAAAAAAUAUUGUUCACGGCUUAAACGGAUUAAAUGUAGGAAUAAAAAGGCAGCGGUAUUUUAAAGACUAUAUCUUGAAUUCGAUUUUUUCAUAUUGCGAAAAGGUUUCCA